AUGGCCCUCCAAAAGCAAUCCCGCCCCUCCUCCCCAUUUCCCUCUUGGGACCUUCUUGCAAGAAGAGCGAGCAAAGCUGCACAGAAGCUCUUUGCACAGCCACUGGGGGAACUCUUUGUGUGUUUGUGUGUGUUUAAGUUCACAAAAGCUACAGGGACCCCGCCUUACGUGAUCCUGUGCCCCAGCAACGGGCCGUGCGGCCGCCUGCCUCCAGAAUGCGUCAGCUGUAAAACGAACAACAGUUGCAUCUACGGAAAACCGGUCCUUUUUGAAUGUCAAGCCAAAUCCCAGGUUCACUGCAUCGGACCGGAAACCUUCGUUAUCGACAUGACGUGUCAGUUCUGUUGGCAGCUGCCUCCCUCUGACUAUACCUGCUCUAACCCUACAAACUGCAAAACAGUCUCGUGUCCACGGGAACGGUACCGGGCUAAUUGCACAGUGAAGGAUCACAUCCACUGCUUAGGCAAUCGAACCUUUCCCAAGAUGCUUUACUGCAACUGGACCGGGGGUUAUAAGUGGUCAACUGCUUUGGCCCUGAGCAUCACCCUGGGAGGCUUCGGGGCGGACCGCUUCUACCUGGGCCAGUGGCGUGAGGGCCUGGGCAAGCUCUUCAGCUUUGGCGGCUUGGGGAUCUGGACCUUGAUAGACGUGCUGCUGAUCGGGGUCGGCUACGUGGGCCCCGCUGACGGCUCGCUCUACAUCUGACUGUCGCUGCGGUGGGUGUCGGACACGGAUCGGCGCCGGGAAGGACGCAGACCGGACCUCGAAACGCAGAUCUAGGAGCACAUGUUUCGUACGAGCAUGUAUAUUUUAUGUACAGUAUCUGUACUUCGCCCACCUUUAACUGAAGGUAAAAUAAACGGCCAGCUCGCUAAA